AUGAACAACGCAAUCGCGGCAGGACGAGUAGCCGGUUUCCGGUUCUACACCCGCAAAGAGAAGGAAGAAGAACGCCGUCUGGGCGUCUGCACAAAGUUGGGCUUGAAACCCUACGACCCCUGGACUAUACGGAAAACCCUGUUCAAGAGCGACGUCGACGGUUCUUCACGCCUCUUGCUGGGAAAAGACGUCGUCGAAAAGUAUGUCAUUCCGUACAUAGGGCCGUGUUGGGAUCGCGAAGGUUGUGCGAAUGACGUUGUGACGGGUUGCAAGGUUUCAGUCUUCGACAUCGAUACCGGGACUGUGCAUCAACUGGUGUUGAAGAGAUGGUCGACAGAAAGUUUUGUGCUUACUAGCAACUGGGUGAAGGAGUUCGUGCGCAGGAGGGCGUUGGAGAAAGGCAACGAGAUUGGAUUGUUUUGGGACCCAUGGAACGCUCGGUUUUGCUUCGGUCUCCUCAGAAAGGCUGCUGCUCCCCAUAAUUGA